AUGGAAAAAUUAACUUUAAUAAAUAAUAAGCGACAAAACAAUAAACAAUUUGGAAAAUCAAAAAAUCAAAAUCAAGAUUUGUCAAUUAUUGAAUAUCCUUAUCUUAUUGAACUUGAUCUUACUCAAGCUCAGAAAGAUUAUUACGAACAAUUUUUAUUUGACACCAAAAUAUAUUUAACAAAUAAUGUUUGUGUUAAUAUGGAUUACCGACUAGUGAAAAAAGUGACACGAAAUUUUCGAAGAAAUACAACACGAAGUAAUUGUGCCAAAAUGGUUUUCAUAUAUUUUUGUGAAGAAAUCAACAUUUCCUGAACAUUUAAAGGACUAUUUUCCUCAUACACAAAUAUGUUGAUCAUUACUAAAAUACAAGAUGAAUAGAACAGAUUGAUUUAUACAGAAUUUUAAUAUUAGAAAAAGUGUGUGAAAGAAUAAAAAUUAUGGAAAAUGAUGAUAGUUGAAAAUAGUUACGAGAUAACAUACAUUGUCACAAAUGAAAAUAUAUGCUUAUCUACUGAUGUGUAUGUUUUUGAGAAAAAAAUCGAAAUUGAAAAGUAACAGAUAUUAAAAGAAAAAUAAACUAUUAUUUCACGUUAUGAUUGAAAAAUUUAUAUAAGAUAAAAACUAAUUGAAAAUGAACGGAUAUAAACUAAGAAUAAAAAAGAUUUAGAAAUCAAUAUAUUUUUCAUAUAUUUCCAUUUCUCAAGUACUAUAGACAAGUAAACAUUCAUUAUAUAUCAAAGGUAGUACAAUAUACUUACAAAUUAUUAAGUAAGAUGCAAAAUUGGAGUAAAUUUUUUUUUUUCGUUUUUAUACAUGGUUAGAUAGAGUUCGUCGAGCUGAGUAAGAAUAUAUCUGUUUUAAUAUUUUUCAAAAGCGUUUUGAUUAAAAAAAACUCAAGCUUUUUCGAUAACUCUCAAUAGUCCAUUUUUCCUAAAAAACCUCAAAACAUUGCUACAUUCUUAAAAGUUUUUUCAAUUUUUUAAGAAAAUUUCAUUUCUUUGGAAUUGUCAAAAUCAGAUAUUCAGAUUCCUCAUGAAAAACUGCGUUGAUUGGA